AGGAUAUAUUUACUUUUAAAUAUUGGAUGAUAUGUAUUUCAUCUUAUUUAUGACAAAAACAUAAGGAAAUUCCAAAUCUGGCAAGUUGGUGCGUCGAUAAUACUCGGUUUAUAGGGGACGGGUAGAAGUUGCAGGAUCCGUGCGUGAACGCAUGCGCGUACAUACAUACAAUAUACGCACAGGAGGGUGUCAUACGAUUCGUGGGCGUUUUUUGGACUUGGAGAGGGGCAAGUAGUGGGGGAGAUAGAGUAGGCUGUAUUAUACCCCAAUGUUCGGAGCGGCGCGCAAUCAACACGUUUAUACAGAGUUGUGUUCACACGUAGCACAGCGUUCCUAGUAUCUUCCUAUUUACCUCAUGUUGAUCCUACCUCACUGCAACUAGUCUUUCAAAAUAUAAAUAAAUAUAUUAUUAUUGUUGUUAUUCUAUAGACUUGUAAAUUCACAGUGAAGAAUGGUAGGUUUCUAUCACAUGGAACGUAUUUCGACUGCCACAACGAUGUCGGUUUGCAACGAAGUGUCAACCGUAGAACCAGUGAAUCCGGUGAAGAGCUUGGUAUGCAGUCCGGAUUUAAGUGCAUUCACGUCAUCAACGUGUGGUAGCAAAACUCUACCGGCAAAUGUCGAAGAUAAGACUUACCAGUGUUUGCUGUGUCAAAAAAUCUUUGACCAGAAGAGUUUAUAUCAAAGCCACCUGCGCUCCCAUGGUAAAGAAGGCGAAGAUCCUUAUCGAUGUAAUAUUUGUGGGAAAACUUUCGCGGUACCCGCGCGAUUGACCAGGCAUUACCGUACGCACACCGGUGAGAAACCGUACCAAUGCGAAUAUUGCAGCAAAUCUUUUUCUGUGAAAGAGAAUUUAAGCGUGCAUCGUCGUAUCCAUACAAAAGAACGGCCUUACAAAUGUGAUGUGUGCGAACGUGCAUUCGAACAUAGUGGUAAACUGCAUCGGCAUAUGCGAAUUCACACUGGAGAACGGCCGCACAAGUGUACUGUUUGCUCCAAAACGUUUAUUCAAAGUGGUCAGUUGGUAAUUCAUAUGCGCACGCAUACUGGUGAAAAACCAUAUGUUUGCAAAGCUUGUGGCAAGAGAUUUACUUGUUCGAAACAACUGAAGGUGCAUACGCGUACCCAUACUGGGGAGAAACCGUAUACUUGCGACAUAUGCGGCAAAUCUUUUGGCUACAAUCACGUGUUAAAAUUGCAUCAGGUUGCCCACUAUGGUGAGAAAGUUUAUAAGUGUACAUCGUGUGACGAGACAUUUGGUUCAAAGAAAACAGUGGAAAUGCACAUUAAAACCCAUACAGAAUUAUCUGUUAAUGGUUCUCCUCGAAACUCUCUGAUUGAGCCAGAGAUUGAGAUUUCUCAAGCUAACAGUGCAAAUACUGCCAGUGAUAAGGAGAACCAAAGGACUGAAGAACCAAGUGACGACAUUAUUACUUAUGACACUCCACAAGAAUUCCCAUACUACAUAUACUCCAGAGAGCAGUAUUCGCAACCACUUCUAGUGCCAGGUGAAGACAGAUCUUUCCAAUCAACAUCUGUGGCUCCUGUCGAACAGCCUCAUUUGUUUCUGUAUCCAGAAGUUUCUCCGACAUACACUGGUUUUGGAAUUCAGAACAAUGAUUUUGUUAGCGAUUGCUCUUCACUUCUGAAUUUACCAGGAAACGAUGCUCGUAGGCGAGUGGAAGCUGCGCUUGAAGCAGUCGAAGAAGAACGGCAAAGGGAGUAUGGAAUUAGGGUUGAAAGAGAACCAAUUUUAACUCCUCCUAGUAGUAACCCUGUGAGUCCUGUACCUUCGCCGGAUCCUCUUGAUUUGGCGAUUCCUGUAAGAGAAACAUUGAUUCUUCCACCACGGAAGCGGUGUAAAAAAAUUUUAGAGUCGAUGGAGAGUGAGAGGAGUGGCCUCAUCGCUGCACAGCGGCAGAACUCUGUUAUACAGUUUGCGAAAGCUUCAUAGCAAAGAAAUUAAAAAAAAACUGAAAAAACAGUGGUACUUUGGUACAUGGAGAAAUGUGCAGGACUAGCGUACACUUUUAAAAUAGUGAUGGGCUUAAAAAAUUUGAAUGAUUAACAUUAAGAUUUAUCGAAAAGUUCAGAAAUGGUGAGCAUUUUGCGUUAAUAAAUUUGAAAUAUUGAAACAGGAAAAUAGAAAUUAUUUUCACAGACAAUAGUUUUAUCAUAGAUGCUGUAUUUUUACUGCAUUCAAGAUUUUUAAAGAAGUUUGUGUAUUUUAAGACAAAAAUAAGAACUGAAUGCCCAUCGCUAAUUAACUAAAAAGUUUUAUUCCACACAAAUAACACAAUUACAUUGUUGUGGAGUUUCACUGCAAAGUUUUACGAUCUGAAUUAGUUUCAUUGCCAAACUAUGUAAAUGGUUUUUAUCAUCUUUGGAAUUUGAUUUUUUUAAAACUUUUAAACAUUUGAGAACAAAACGCAAGAAACAUAAAAGCAACUAUACAAUGAUAUUACUUUCAGUGUGAUUCAAGUAACAAAGAAUAUUUGAUUCAAACAAUCAAAUUGACAAUAAUCUCUUGUCGUUCUAAAUAAUGAAAGUUUGAAGAAAAUCAAAAAUUGCACUGAAGAAUUUCCUCCGUAAGCCUUAAACAAACCAACGGCACAACGUCCAGUAAAUGUGUGAUAGUGACCUCGUUAUUCAACUGAUUCUGAAAAUUGUUUACACGUGCCUCAGGGUGAACAUUGUAACAUACUUACAGUUAGAGCUUGCCAGCAAUCAAUCCUUCUUCACUUCUAAAUAUUUGUGUUUUAAUGAAAACGAACAAAAUCUGCGACUACUAAAGUAAUAAAAAACUGUUAGUUACAAAAAUGAUACAAAAUUUAUAACUUAGAAAUGGUUACACAAACAACAUUCUAUUUAAUCAAUUUAGAAAAUAUGAAAGUAACCUCAGAUUUUUAAAUAUAGAAAAUUUAAAAUGAACAAACCCAAAGAUCAUGUAAUUUUCAAGUUUAAAAGUUCAUUCUAUUUCUAAAUAGAUUUUUGGGUUUGUGUUACUGGAAAAGACAUUGUUUUCUUUCAUAUGAUAUUUAGCUGGCGUGCUCUGUGUAACGUUUUCGUAUUUCAUGUUAUAUGUAUGUUAGAUACGUGUGUGUGCGUGUGCAUGUAUAAAUUACUAUGAAUUAGCGACAAAAUAAUGAAGAUCGCGAGUCACUGUGGCGCUACUAGCAUCAAAGGCCUUGAAACGAUGUUUUCGAAACUAAAUUAUUUUUUAAUUUAUGGUUAACAUUUAAAUUUUGUUCUUACUUUAGAAAGCACAAAUUUGUUGAGAAAUUAUUUUAUUCAAAAUAAGUAGAAUGAUACUUAACAUAUAAUUUUUUUGUUCCAAAAAUUACGAAAAAUUAGAUUUCUUAAAAAAUUUAAAGGUAAUAAUCGAACGCGUUGAUUUUUUCCGAAGCCUACGUCACCGUCAUCGAAAAUAAAUUUUUUUUUCAAGUAAUUUAUUUUUGUCCUUUUAAGGGAUUAAAUUUCGAUGUUGUGCAUGUUUUAUAUGUCGUAAGAUUUUCUGAUUGUGUCGAAUAUUUAUGCAAAAAUCAAUUCCAAUUUCUUGCCAAAACUAGCAAGACUGACAACAGUCUAAAGAGAAAUUUUGUUCUUUUCUUUGCGUAACAAGCUUCCAAUGACAAAAAGUAAUAUUAAAAUACGUAAUUGCUCAAUUUCGUCGUUGUUAGAUUUCUGUUAUUAUGGAAUAUUAAGGUUACUUAUUUAAAUAAUUUUUCUUGUCAUUUUAUAAAUAGAGAACGAAAAACAGUAAAAAUACUGCACUGUAAUUUUUCUAAAGAAUUCAUACAGUUUAUUCAUUCUGUAAAAUUAAAUUUUAUUACAAAAAUCUAACGCAACGAAAUUUGAAUUUACGUUUUGAAUGAUUGCGUUAAGGCCCCUUCUUACAUACUACAAUAUGCAAUAAUAUCUUUCAAUAUGCUGCAAUAUGCAUACAACAAUAUCCUUGUCAAAUAAUAAUUUUAUGGUUUAAAUACUAGAAUUGUUUUGCAACAAGAGGCCAUAACGUUCAUCAUAAUAAAAUUUUAGCAAAUGAUUAAAGUUUGUCAGCUUCGUUAAACUUUUGAGAGUCAAAAAUAUGAUCACGGCAACACAUUAAAUUCAAGUACAAAAGCGUUGAGUCGGAUUUGCGAUUCAUAAUCUUAGAGGAACAUAAAAAUGUAAUAUUACAUAUAUUUAAUUGCUGACGAGCAGUAUUGAUCACCUUGAGAGGCUCGGUUUUAGUGAAACAGAUCUUACUGGAGUAAAUGGUUACAGUUUUUAGUACGAAGGUGGAAUUGUUAAAAAAGAAAGUACCAAACAUUGAUAUCUCUGUGAUAAGAACUCCAUAAUGCCAGAGUAUUGAGGGGAGCUAUGCUCACUGCCAGUACAAGUAUGCGUGUAUAAGCAUACGUGCAAGUUUAAUGUUAAAUAUUACAUUGUAUUGUCACAAUUCAUAACUCAAAGCCACCUGUAUUUACAUUUGGCAUCACUCCAGUAUGACAUACAAAAUGUUUUAUAAACUAAGGACUAAAUUAGCAGAAGAUUCCAUUACUAAGAUAUUACAGUAUACUGUAUGUACAUACAUAUGUAUCAUAAAAAAGGAAAUUUAUACAUAUUUUAACAUGUCUAUGAUAAUGCACAUUUUUGAAAGUAAAAUGUUAACAAUUUUCGAACUGUGGAAAAUUAUAUAGUACUUUAAGCUUUAUUUUUAAUUUGGAAAAUAUUACGCUGGAAUCUACUGUUAAUAUUUGAUCAAUAGUUUAUAGAACGGGUUGCAUAUACACUGAGCCAUGUUCAUAUAUAUAAAUAAAUAUAAUUAGUAAUGUAAUAUUUAUAUAGAAAUCCAUGUAUAUUAUGUUUUUCUUUUCUUUUUUACAAAUAUAAUUGACACGUGGCCUAUUCUUAUUUGUUGAACAUUUAAGAUGUUUUAGGCGAUUCCUUUGUUAUGCGUGAAUUAUAUUCUCGUUAAUUGUAAUAACGUAAAAUUUAUGUGCAAUUGUAUGUUUAAGUUUUUGGGUCGCUUAGCUGUCCUAUUUUUCUUGUUUUGUUCAUUUCCCAGCAAAAGUUGUUUUUAAUUAAUUAAUUAAAUACUCAAAUAUUUGUUAUCAAUUUUAACAAUUGUUAUGUAUAGAAUUCGUAGCGCUUGAAAUUAGGUUGGAAUUUGAAUUUCCUUUGAGUCAUCGAGUAUAGGCCACGUGGUAGUGUGUAAAGGGAAAAAAGCAGAUGCAAAUUGUUAAGUAUUAUAAUAAUGACGAUAAAUAGAUUGAAAAGUGCGGAGAUAUGUUUAGUGUAAUAUUGUAAUUAUCUGUUAUUACUUAUUAUUUUUAAGGUAUACAAUGUGCAUGCCAAUGGGACGUGUUUUGUCCCAUUAUUGUCGGCAUGUGGAACUGAUUACAUAUAAAAGAAGAAAUGUCAUUUUUGUAGAGAUAUGUUAUUUCAACGAGAAAAGAAAGCAAACUUUUGUAAGAGUGCAACAAGGACGAAAAUAUUUUUUCGUUUUACGCUCGCACGAUAAUUCAACCACCAUUCGAAUAUAAAGUAUCAAAAAACAAACCAUUGUACGUAAAACGUACAGAUUUUUUCGUCCUAAAAGCAACUCACUGCAAUAAUCCUGAUUGUAAUUUAAUUUUAUUGUCAAGCAGCAUUAUAUUUUUUUCUGCAUUAAUAAGAAUUUUUAUUCAGGAGCCCCUGAAUAAUUACUGGGCGCUAA